AAAAUUAAAAACCGUUCAAAACGGCCUUCAAACUUUGAAGUUAAUUGAAGUUCAAACGUAUGGCCGUUUGAGAUCCCCUUUGUUAAUUUGUCAACAAUUACUUUUAGUGAACUUUACUGUUAUUUAAUAUUAUUUGACUGUAGUUUAUAUUUUUAAGCUAGCUAAAAAUGACGUCGAUCAAGGAAGAUGAAAAGAAAGAAAUCCCCGAAAUCAUUCACGAUCCACAAACUAACAGCACCUACCAAAGAUUACGGUUUUUUGGCAAGGGUGGCUUUGCAAAAUGCUACGAGAUCCAAGACAUAGCCUCCAACCAGAUAUAUGCUGGAAAAAUUGUUUCAAAGAAACUAAUAGUGAAGUCAUCGCACAAAGAGAAGAUGGCUCAAGAGAUCUCCAUUCACAGGUCUCUCCAGCACAAGCAUGUAGUUGGCUUCCACAGUUUCUUCGAGGACUCUUUGAAUAUUUAUAUAAUAUUGGAGCUUUGUAAAAAACGGUCGAUGAUGGAGCUUCACAAGCGUAGAAAAGCAAUUACAGAACCAGAGACUAGGUUCUACAUGCACCAGAUACUGCUUGGCGUGCAAUAUCUCCAUAGUAAGAGGAUAAUACACCGAGACUUGAAACUUGGCAAUUUGUUCCUUGAUGACGAUCUUCAUGUAAAAAUUGGAGAUUUUGGUCUUGCAGCAAGGAUUGAAUAUGAAGGAGAGAGAAAACAGACUCUGUGUGGUACCCCAAACUACAUUGCCCCUGAGAUAUUAACAAAGAAGGGCCACUCAUUUGAAGUGGAUAUCUGGAGUCUGGGCUGCAUCAUGUACACGCUGCUUGUUGGCAAACCGCCGUUUGAGACGUCCACCCUCAAGGAUACAUACAAAAGGAUUAAACAGUGCGAAUACAGUGAGGCAGUAGAGGUAGCGAUGCGCGUUUGUCUCGGGGGCCCUUGGAACCAUUUACGUAGUCGCUACGCGCGAACGUUAAUCGACGAUAACACCCUCAAACUACAAUACAGGAUUCCGUCGUCGCUUCGCAAACCGGCGGCGUCCAUGAUUGUACUGCAGUUGCAAUCGAACCCUGCGCGUCGUCCGUCCGUGGACAAACUUCUGCAGCAUGAAUUCUUCUCAUCGGGGAUUUUGCCAGCCGGGCUGCCCGUCUCUUGCCUCACCACAGCGCCGCGCACUGACCAGCUCGAGGGCAUGCUGGUACACCGCCGCCCUCUUAACGAAGUUCAUGCUAACGAACAAGAGACGAUGGCAGUGGACUCGCCCGUCAAACGCGAAGCUACCCCCGCGGGGCCACGAGCUGUGGAACCAACGUCGCACCGCCAGAAUUUUAUUGCACUGCGAGACCAGCUCGCUGCAUUGUUGGUUAACAAGCUGAAAUGCCGACCGGAGGCUCUGACAGACGAGCUGAGCGAUCCCGCAGCACAGCCGCUGGUGUGGGUUGGCAAGUGGGUCGACUACAGCGACAAAUACGGAUUCGGAUACCAGCUCUGCGACGAGAGCGUCGGUGUCAUGUUCAACGAUACUACCAAGCUUAUCAUGCUCGCUAAUGGACUGAAUGUGCACUACAUCAAUCGGCAGGGCCAAGAGCAGUACAUGACGAUGCGCGAUUACCCGCAAGAACUCGACAAAAAAAUGAAACUCCUUACAUACUUUAGACGAUACAUGACCGAACAUCUCAUGAAAGCUGGUGCUUCAGUACCAGUGCGAGAGAGUGAUGGUCUGUCUCGUUUGCCACAUUUACACCAGUGGUUUCGAACAACUUUAGCUGUUAUUAUGUACCUGACUAAUGGAACUUUACAGAUAAACUUCCAAGAUCACACAAAGAUAAUACUGUGUCCACUUAUGCAAGCUGUCACCUACAUAGAUAUAGAGAAGAAUUUCAGAACAUUCCGCUUUAAUACCAUUGAAGAGCAUGGCUGUGAUAAAAAGCUUUACACAAACCUCACAUAUGCAUUGGAAAAACUAAACAGUGUAUUGGCAAACAAACUGUGCUAGUUUUCACUGAACCUAAAUGAGUAAAUGAAUUUGUGGGCUUUGUGGAAAGCUCCAAUGAAGAACUGUGUAAACCAAGAGACCCUGCUUAUGUAAAUAGCAAAAAAGUUUGAAAUCACUACAAAUUUUCAUCAUUCUGUUCUUAUUGAUUGAGAUAGUCUGUACUUGAUAAAAAAAAUCUUUACACUUAAAUUUCCUAGGGUCUCCUACUUUUCUAAAAUAAAAAUUAUAUUACCUUUUGUAUUUUUAGGAUAGUCACCAGUAUAUUAUAAUUUAAUAGAAGGGUCACUAAAAUCAAUUUUGUACCCUAAAAUUUCAAACUUAGGUUAAAAAUCCACCGAUACUGUCUAUUUAUUUAGUAAAUACUUUUUAAUGAUUUAGCAUCAAAUUAUUUUGCCGAUUCAGUAUAUGAGCAAAACUUUCGACUUUUUUUUUUAUUCUUUAAAUAUGUGUCUUUGGUUGUUAAUACAUAUUAUAUUCCAUUUGAUGCAAAACUUACUGACUUUGCCAUUUCAGGGAAUGAUUUGAUUUCUAUCUACAUAUUUCUAAACAUCUACAAUAAUUGAUGGAAGAAUAAAUUUAAUUUUAGAUUUUAAUUUGAUUGCCAUUUUAAAAGCGCCCUUUGACAGGGGCUGUGGUGCGAUAUCAAGAAAGUUUGGAGUUAUUUAGUUUUAUAACUAUAUUUUUAUAACAUUUUGUUUUGUGCUUCAACAGCAUCAAUUACAAAUUGUUUCAUGUUCGUAAUGAAAUAAAAUUAAUGUAAUUCAGCAAGUGUUCAAUAUUUAGUCGUUAGAAUUCGUUAUGCGUGAAAAGAAAUCGAUUCAGUACUGUAUGUAUCAAUUUCAUUUUGCAACUUGAAAGUUUGGUGGAUGGUCUGCUGCUACCUCGUGGAUUAACAUAAACUAUAAGUACUUGACAAUAAAGUUACACAAAACAAUUGUUGGAGUUAGUUUAAAAUCUUCUUGUACUUAAGAUAAAUACAAAUAAAAAUUUGAGAACUGAGUAAAGUGUAAA